AUGGACGUUGGUGAUUGCACCACGUCUUCUGGCCCAUCUUCUGAAGACGCUGUUAGUCAGAAAAUGCUACAGGUUGCCGAAUUUGAAAGAAUUCGGCAGGACAACAAGAAAGAUCCACGUAAACGACAACGAACUACGUUCUCGCAGUCACAGCUGCGAAUUCUUGAAGAUGCCUUUGCUCGCCAGCAGUACUUAGUAGGCAGUGAACGUGUACGCCUUGCUGCAUUACUGAAUAUUGGAGUCCCACAAGUAUGUUUGAUUUUUUGA